AUGGGUGAAUGCUUAUUACAUCAAAAGAUAAGAGUUGAAGAUGUUACUGUCACCAGUAACACAUCAUGGCUUCUAAGGAAAAUACUUAAAGCUAGAGAAUUGAUUGUAAGAAUUGGAGGGUGGGAGACAGUGAGCAAUCAGUGGAAAUUCAGUAUAAAAACAGCUUACAAGCUUCUCCAAGCAAAUUAUGAUAAUGUGGUAUGGAAAAGGUUGGUUUGUAAUAACCAAGCUACACCAAAAAGCAAGUUUAUCCUAUGGCUAGCAUUGCUGAAUAGACUUGCUACAGCUGAAAGAGUGAGUAAAUGGAGUUGGGAAUUGAGUCCAUUGUGUAAACUGUGUGGAACUGAUAUUGAGAAUGUGCAGCACUUGUUCUUCAAUUGUCAAUACAGCAAUACAGUAUGGUGCAAUGUCCUUAGAUACUUAAAUCUGCAGCCUCAAGGAACAGCUCAGCAAGAUAUGGAAAUGGCUAUUAGAAAAGCUAGAAGUACUAAGGAUAGAAGUAAACUAUUUGUUAUGAUGUAUACAGAGAGUGUGUACUCCAUCUGGUUACAGAGAAAUGCCAAGUAUUUUAGAGAUUCAGAUGUGAAUCCUAAUGACCUUGCUAGAAAUAUUAUCUUGAGAGUUGCAGUUAUAUGUAGUGAGAAGCAAAAACAAAUGUUAGUGAUGUAA